GAUUAGGUAAUCGAAAAAUUGAAAAUCGCCAAUGAGUUCUUCAGAGAGUGGCGAAAACGAGUGCAUGUGUUGGGCUGCAAAAGAUCCAUCUGGUCUUCUUUCUCCUCACAAAUUCACUCGCAGGUCUGUUACAAGUGACGAUGUUUCACUCAAAAUCACUCAUUGUGGAGUGUGUUACGCUGAUGUUAUUUGGACUAGAAACCAACAUGGAGACUCUAAGUACCCUUUGGUUCCUGGGCAUGAGAUUGCUGGAAUAGUGACUAAGGUUGGGUCUAAUGUUCAACGAUUCAAAGUUGGAGACCAUGUUGGUGUUGGAACGUAUGUUAACUCCUGCAGGGAGUGUGAAUAUUGUAACGACGGACAAGAAGUUAAUUGUGCAAAAGGAGUUUUUACUUUCAAUGGUAUUGAUCAUGAUGGCUCUGUUACUAAAGGAGGCUACUCUAGUCACAUUGUUGUUCAUGAGAGGUACUGCUACAAGAUACCUGUGGACUAUCCCUUGGAAUCAGCUGCACCAUUACUCUGUGCUGGAAUCACGGUUUUUGCGCCUAUGAUGCGUCACAAUAUGAAUCAACCUGGUAAAUCUCUUGGGGUGAUCGGGCUAGGUGGUCUUGGGCACAUGGCAGUUAAAUUUGGCAAGGCUUUUGGACUUAGUGUUACGGUUUUUAGCACCAGCAUUUCCAAGAAAGAGGAAGCUUUGAAUCUGCUGGGAGCUGAGAAUUUCGUUAUCUCGUCUGACCAUGACCAGAUGAAGGCACUAGCAAAAUCUCUAGACUUUAUCAUUGAUACAGCAUCUGGUGAUCACGCGUUUGAUCCUUACAUGUCUCUCUUGAAGAUUGCUGGAACUUAUGUCUUGGUUGGUUUCCCAAGUGAAAUUAAAAUCAGUCCUGCCAAUCUCAAUCUUGGUAUGAGAAUGCUCGCGGGAAGUGUAACCGGAGGUACCAAAAUAACACAGGAAAUGAUAGAUUUCUGUGCAGCUCAUAAGAUUUACCCAAACAUAGAGAUUUUGAAGAGAACAAAAGGUUUCAAAUUUGAGCAAAUGGGUGGCUCUGGAAAUUGGAUUAAAUCUCUGAUAACUAACAAAAAACCCAUCACUGAUGAUCAAGAGAAGAACAUUAAGAAGAAAUGGAAACUAUGGAGGACUUCAUCAGAAAGCUUGAUUUCUUCCUCAAAGGGUUUCAAGAGCCGUGGUGGUAGUUAUGGAACUCCUUCGUUGGGUUCAGAUCCGCCGUCUUUCUCUGCUGAUGAGUCUUUCACGGCGGCUGUUGCUGCUGUCAUCAGAGCUCCGCCGAAAGAUUUCUUUCUUGUUAAACGAGAAUGGGCUGCUACACGGAUUCAGGCUGCUUUUCGAGCUUUCCUGGCAAGACAAGCGCUGAGAGCUUUGAAGGCGGUGGUGAGGAUUCAGGCGAUAUUCCGUGGCAGGCAAGUCCGGAAACAAGCAGAUGUGACACUAAGGUGUAUGCAAGCUCUUGUUCGAGUUCAAGCACGGGUACGAGCUCAUUGCAAUAGGGGGCCUUCAGAUGGACAGGACUUGCAGAAGCCAUCUGACCAACAAAAAGAUGAUCCGGCAAAACAGGCUGAGAAGGGUUGGUGUGAUAGCCCGGGAAGUAUAAAUGAAGUGAGAACGAAGCUACAAAUGAGGCAAGAAGGAGCAAUCAAGAGGGAGAGAGCUAUGGUAUAUGCCUUGACACAUCAGCCGAGGACGUGUCCAAGUCCGGCCAAGGCGAACAAGCAAGGGAGUGUUAAAAAGAGUAAUGGGUCGUGCAAGAGCAGUCCAGGUUGGAAUUGGCUUGACCGAUGGGUUGCAGACAGGCCAUGGGAAGGUCGGUUGAUGGAAGGUCCUACAAACUCAUCAGAGAAUGCAAGGAAAAGUGAGAGCAGUGUGUCUGAACAUGACACGGUUCAGGUCAGGAAGAACAAUCUAACAACCAGAGUUUUGGCUAGACCUCCUCCAAUGUCAUCGUCUGCUACAAGUUCUGAGUCUUCGUCAACAUCUCAAUCCCCAGUUCCCUUCUCGGGAAGUUUCCUUGAGGAAGGAGGGUACUACAGAAAGCCGAGCUACAUGAGCUUGACACAAUCUAUAAAAGCUAAGCAGAGACGAUCAGGGUCUUCAUCCUCUCCUUCCAAGACACCGUUUGAGAAGAAACAGUCAAUGUCUUACAACGGAGAUGUAAAUGUAAGGCGUAGUGCUGGUUCGGAUCCAUUGAGCAACCAGUGGACUGAUCUAUACCCACCAGCUCAAGUAACAGGUAGACAUAUGUGGGCAAAGAGCCAGAGAGGCUAAGCAAUCAUGCCUUCAAUCAUCUCAACAGCUUGUUGGUCCCAUGAAAAACAUACACGGAAUAUAGAUACGGAAGCAACUUCUGUUUAUCUUUUUACAUAUGAAUGUUAAGGAAUUAGUUUCGAGACUACAAAUGUCAGUUGUUUAGCACUUGGAUCAUUAAUCGUUUUACUUCUUGUAUUUUCUGAAACAAUCUGUUCCUAGCUCUUGUCAAUAUGAAAUCAAGACAUGAAUGCCUU